ACCCUACCUCAGUACAGAGGCAGUUCAAACCACUCUGCCUAAACAUGAAAACCAUAAUUCUAUCUAUCUGUGUUUUGACAGUUUUGAGUUUCUCUUACUGUACACAUUUGCCAUUCAAAAAAUGCAACAUCAAGCGGCCGAAUUUUGAAAAAUGUUUGAGCCACGCCAUCCAGGACGUCAUCACGCAGUUGGACAAACCAAUCCCCGCAAUGAGUUUACCCUCCAUGGAUCCAUGGAAACUGGAAACUCUGAACUUGGACAUAGGGAAUGCUUCUGAGGGUUUGCAACAGAUAUGGAGGAAUGUAACAGUUCGGGGUUUUAGCAAACCCACUGCUACAGAUGCAAGGUGGACUCCCGGGUCUGUCAUCACCUUAGAUCUCGCAGUAAGCUACGACUGUGCCAUAGUUUUCACCACCGAGUACGAAGCCCACGGCGCAGUUCUUCUUCUCCCGGUUGACGUGGUUACGUCAUUUCGUUGCGAUUUUGUGAAAGGCGGAAAAAUUAAAGUAACAUACAAAAUCCAAAAACCUAAAAAAGCGAAUGGACAUUUUAAACUGAUUAGUACCAAGGUUGUAUUUGAGCCGAAGAAGGUGAAAUUUAAUGUUAGUGAAUUCUUUGAAAAUCAAAGUCUAACAGCUGCAUUAAACUCGGAAAUGAAUAAAAAUUGGGAAGGAAGCUGGAACGUCCUCAGCGCGUUUGUGGGUGUUUAUGACCCAUUUUUUGAUGCAUUGCUUAGAGGCGUUUUGGAAAAAUUUCCAGCUGAUCAAAUUGUCGGCGGUCUGGACUAGAAUGGUGUGUUGCUCCGGACUACAGUAUGUUUAAUAUGUAUAUGUUAAAAAUGAACGAAUUGUGAAAUUAUCUACAAAUCAUGAAUUAAAAAAAAAAAAAAAUAAA